CCACGAGACACACUUCAGCAGAACAUUUUAAGGCGAGGAGUGAAUUUGUUCACAGCAUUCAAACAUUCAAACAUUUGAAGAUGUCUGAGGCCAUUCUUCACAAGAAGAAAAAGAGAGAGACAAAGGUUGACACUGAACAGUCAAGAGAAAUUUACAAUAAACCAAAAAUGAACAGAAAACAAGAAGUUCAACAGCUGCAGAGCAAAGAGGAUGAUAGGGAGAAAACAUGGAUGUAUGAGAACAAUAAACAUUUGCAGCUGCACAAGAUGCAAGCGUUGAGAGGUAAUCUCUCCAAGCUCAAUACACCAAUGAAAGGAACUAAAGAGAUGCUAGCAAAGAUUAAUGACACCCUGAUAGAAAACGAAAACAGUGUUAGAGAAAACAUUCAACAGUACAGUAAUCGAAGAGAGUUAGAGGGCAAGCUCUGUGAACAGGAAAAGAUAAACAGAGAGUUGCAGAACAAUAUCUGUGACCUGGAAGAGACAUACAAAGAUAAGGUGAUAGAUCAUAAUUGGGCCUGUAAAAGAAAUGAUAACUUGCAAGAAAAGCUUCAUGCAGCCCAGCAAGAAAAUAGAGAAAUGCUUAAAGAGAAGGAACAACAGGAAGCUAAACUCAAUCACCAGGAAGAAAUUCUUAAAGAGGUGCAGCACAAACUUCACGCCACUGAGAAAAAAAAUGAAGGUUUGCAAAAAUUGCUUGAUGAAGACAAGCAAAAAAAUGAAAAAACGCUUAAACAACAGGAAGCUAAACACACAGAGGUGCAGAGCAAACUCCAUGACCUGGAAGAAACUCUUAAAGAGGUGCAGCACAAACUUCACGACACUGAGAAAAAAAAUGAAGGUUUGCAAAAAUUGCUUGAAGACAAGCAAAAAAAUGAAGAAAUGCUUAAACAACAGGAAGCUAAAUGCACAGAGGUGCAGCGCAAACUCCAUGACCUGGAAGCUACACACAGACGUGUGCAGAGAAAACUUCAGGACAAAGAGAAAGAAAAUGCAGGUUUGCUAGUGAAGCUUGAUAAUGAACAGCUAAAACAUGAAGCAACGCUUAAAAAAGAGGAAGAAGAGAGAAAUGUAUGGCAAGAGUCUAUGCGGAGGAAGUUCCGUUUUCAGGAAGAGCAUCUCACAGCGGCGAUGUCCGAACUUCACAACACCCAGAAAAAAAAACAAAGCUUGGAAGCAAUGCUUAAUGAAGCCAAGCUAAAAAAUGAAGAAACGCUUAAAGAGAAGAAAGAACAGGAUACUAAACAAACAGAGUUGCAGGGCAAGCUUCAUGAACUGAAAGUGAACCUUCAGGUCAAAGAGAAAGAAAAUGAACAAAUGCUUAAAGAGAAGAACGAACAGGAAGAUGAACACAAGGAGUUGCAGAGCGAGCUCCAUGACCUGGAAGUGAAACUUCUGGUAGAAGAGAAAGAAAAUCAACAAAUGCUUAAAGAGAAGGAAGAACAGGAAGAUAAACACAAGGAGUUGCAGAGCGAGCUCCAUGACCUGGACGUGAAACUUCAGGUCAAAGAGAAAGAAAAUCAACAAAUGCUUAAAGAGAAGAAAGAACAGGAAGAUAAACACAAGGAGUUGAAGGGCGAGCUCUGUGACCUGAAAGUGAAACUUCAGGGCACAAAGACAGAAAAUCAACAAAUGCUUAAAGAGAAGAACGAACAGGAAGCUAAACACAAGGAGUUGAAGGGCGAGCUCUGUGACCUGAAAGUGAAACUUCAGGUCAAAGAGAAAGAAAAUCAACAAAUGCUUAAAGAGAAGAAAGAACAGGAAGCUAAACACAAGGAGUUGAAGGGCGAGCUCUAUGACCUGGAAGUAAAACUUCAGGACACAGAGAUAGAAAAUCAACAAAUGCUUAAAGAGAAGAAAGACCAGUAAGCUAAACACAAGGAGUUGAAGGGCGAGCUCUAUGACCUGGAAGUAAAACUUCAGGACACAGAGAUAGAAAAUCAACAAAUGCUUAAAGAGAAGAAAGAACAGGAAGCUAAACACAAGGAGUUGAAGGGCGAGCUCUAUGACCUGGAAGUAAAACUUCAGGACACAGAGAAAGAAAAUCAACAAAUGCUUAAAGAGAAGAAAGAACAGGAAGAUAAACACAAGGAGUUGAAGGGCGAGCUCUAUGACCUGGAAGUAAAACUUCAGGACACAGAGAUAGAAAAUCAACAAAUGCUUAAAGAGAAGAAAGAACAGGAAGCUAAACACAAGGAGUUGAAGGGCAAGCUCUGUGACCUGAAAGUUAAACUUCAGGUCAAAGAGAAAGAAAAUCAACAAAUGCUUAAAGAGAAGAAAGAACAGGAAGCUAAACACAAGGAGUUGAAGGGCAAGCUCUGUGACCUGAAAGUGAAACUUCAGGUCAAAGAGAAAGAAAAUCAACAAAUGCUUAAAGAGAAGAAAGAACAGGAAGAUAAACACAAGGAGUUGCAGCGCAAACUUCAGGACACAGAGAUAGAAAAGGAAGAAAUGCUUAAAGAGAAGAAAGAACAGGAAGCUAAACACAAGGAGUUGAAGGGCGAGCUCUGUGACCUGAAAGUGAAACUUCAGGUCACAGAGAAAGAAAAUCAACAAAUGCUUAAAGAGAAGAAAGAACAGGAAGAUAAACACAAGGAGUUGCAGCGCAAACUUCAGGACACAGAGAUAGAAAAGGAAGAAAUGCUUAAAGAGAAGAAAGAACAGGAAGCUAAACACAAGGAGUUGCAGCGCAAACUUCAGGACACAGAGAUAGAAAAGGAAGAAAUGCUUAAAGAGAAGAAAGAACAGGAAGAUAAACACAAGGAGUUGAAGGGCGAGCUCUGUGACCUGAAAGUGAAACUUCAGGUCAAAGAGAAAGAAAAUCAACAAAUGCUUAAAGAGAAGAAAGAACAGGAAGAUAAACACAAGGAGUUGCAGCGCAAACUUCAGGACACAGAGAUAGAAAAGGAAGGUUUGCGAUUGAAGCGUGUAAAAGUGGAGAAAGAGAUGCACUGGAAAAUCACAGAAAAGACGAUAGAAAAUUCAGAACUGCAAAACAAAAUUCAGCACAGAAACACUGAAAUGGAAAAGAACCUGCAACAAAAACUUCAAAGCAUUAGGGACUUCAGGGAUAAGGAACUUAAAAAACUGAAAAAGGAAUAUAAAAAACUGAAAGAAAAGCAUGCAGAAAUGCAGAAAGAAUUAGAAGAACGUGAGAAAAAGUGCAAGAACCUUGAGAAUAAGAAUGCAGAAAAUAUGAGUGAACUGGAAAACCUUAGAUUAGAGAACGAGGAUCUGCAAGAACGUUGCCAGAAAAAGAAAAAGAAGCCCUUCUGGUUUUUCUGGAAUAAAUCUACUGAUUCUUCAGCGUGGCACAGACAAAAUUGUGUUUACCCGUUAUAACUCUGCUGCUUCUUCAGGGCUACCUGCGCAAAACUAGCCUCAUCUUCCUCCAUCCUCUUCAUCCCUUUCUUCUUCCUCCCCUCCCUCUUCUAUCUCCCUUCUUUUCUUUUCCUUUCAAACCCCCAAACCGGUUUCGACAGAUGACUGCCCGUCCCUGAGCCUGGUUCUGUCAGAGGUUUCUUCCUGUCUACAGGGAGUUUUUCCUCUCCACUGUUGCCUCGUGCUUGCUCAUCGGGGAAUGUUGGGGGUUUCUCUUCUCUCUCCCUCUUUUUCUUACCCUAUCA